AUGGACAGAACGAAAAUUUCACUCAACGAUGUUAUUUUAAAAUUUGAUCAAAAAUUUAACCCAUAUAAGAAUACGACAGUGGAAAGAUAUAAUUUCUUUACAAGAUACCAGAAACAAGAUGAAUCAUUGGAUGAAUAUUGUACAGCAUUGAAUAAUCUGGCAAGAAGUUGUGAAUUAUCGAACUUGAAGGACUCGCUCAUCAAAGAUAUGUUUAUAAUUGGAAUUAAAAACACAUAUAUAAAGGAAAGACUGUCACAAGAAAAUUUCACAAACAUAGAUGAAGCUAUCAGGUAUGCAAGAAACUUAGAAUUGUCACAGGAAAGAUCUAACCAACUUCCAAAGACAGAAAAAGAAGAAACAAACACUGUUGAUGUUAUCUCGGGCAAGAAACAGAUGUUUAGAUCAAGAAGCAAACAACGAAAUGUCAAUAAUCACCAUGACAAGUCAAAUGGCAAAAAACCGUUACAACACAAUUUUCAAAAUUUCCAGCAUAACAAUUCUUUUUCCAGCAAUUAUUUUUCAGCUAAUAGAAAACAGAAGUUAUGUGGAAGAUGUGGUCAAGUACACAGACAAAAAUGUCCAGCAGAAGGGAAAAUCUGCAAUAUCUGCAAAAAGAUGAAUCACUUUGCUAAAUUCUGCAAAAGCAAGAAUGAAAAAUCGACGGUGAGCACUAUUAAUUCUAAUAAACAGUCUGACUUUGUAAUUAAUUCAAUUAAUAAUGAAAAUUGA